AUGUAUGACAGAUUCCACGAGAAAAAUUCCAACAACCCAGACGAUGUGCUUCGACGAUUAGUGAUAUGCCCGCAGCUCCACGCAAAUGUAAACAGCGAGUCGCACGAACAACUUCACAGUGUAAUGAACAAAGACAACUAUUUCCUCAACAUGAUGCAACCGGCUACACACGUAUUCAUGAAACGACUUCUUGUUCAUCUGCGAAACAAGAAAAAAAACAACGAGGAGAUCGGUCGUCAAGAGCAGGCCCUACAAAAGCAUGGAUUAGUAGCACAUACGACUGUUGAUUCAUUAGGAAGGAUCAUUAUCGCUGGAAAUAUAGAUGCUGCUUUUGGGACACAUUCAAGUGACGAGAAUACGGUUAGCAGUCCUACUGGCAAUGUCAAUGAAGCGAGAGUUGACGACCCUUGGGAAAGGGAAGAAUUGACGGAAGAACCUGACGUUCGGUUUAUACCUCGAGGACUAGAAAAUCCACCGAAGAAAAAUCGUUGCUUUGUAAACAGCUUAUUGCAAUGUCUGGCAUCGUGUAUUCCAGUGAAAUCCCCCAGCGGAAGCGACCUUUCGUGGUUGUUGUUUUACUUAGCCCGAACAUACAUCGAAGUUAGACAAGAAGAUGUAUCCCAGAAAUUGGAGAGCCUUGCGUCUAAACUCGUGAAUUCGAACGAUCCCGAUGAUCCAGGCGAUUUUCUUUAUAGUCUUUUACGCUACACUUCGUCUGUAGGCGAUGAAGCACUGCAGAGUGCCUGUCGUGGAGUUGAAAGGGUGCAGUUAGUAUGCCGAAGCUGUGGAAAACAUAACGAGCACCAGGAUGUUGCCUUCACAGUUUUAAACCUGCCAAGUAGAGAAAAAUGUCUUCAAACGGUGGAAAAUAUGCUGCUAAACAACUUCGAGCUGGAAGAUAAGGAUCUUAAAUCUUCAUUUUGUGUCUGUGAAGAAAAAGAGAAAGAUAUCGUAGAAUUGCGACAGCCAAUGAAACUACCAUCGAGUCUAAUUUGCAACAUCCUCCCAGUAACAAAGAAUGGGGAAAAACAGCAUGUUCGCCUUAAGUUACAAGAAUUAAUUGGCGUUCACGACUUGUUGGGACGAAGACAUACAUACAAACUUUCAGCUUUUAGUAAGUAUAAAUGUAUAUUCAAACGAUUUGAAAAGCGGGCUUGA